AUGAAGGCCUUUCUUCUGCUAGCAGCCAUUGGACUUUGUUCAGCGCAAUACAACCCAAAUACAAAACCUGGGACGACGUCUAUUGUCCACCUGUUUGAAUGGCGUUGGGUUGACAUUGCUCUUGAAUGUGAACGGUACUUAGCACCCAAUGGAUUUGGUGGAGUUCAGAUAUCUCCUCCAAAUGAAAAUAUUGUCAUUACUAACCCGUGGAGACCAUGGUGGGAAAGAUACCAGCCAAUCAGCUACAAUUUAUGUACACGAUCUGGACAUUAUGAUGAAUUUAAAGACAUGGUGACCAGAUGCAACAAUGUUGGAGUUCAUAUUUAUGUGGAUGCUGUAGUCAAUCACAUGUGUGGCUCUGGUGCUGGCUUUGGUAAUAGUUCUACUUGUGGAAGCUAUUUCAAUGCAGAGACCAGAGAUUUUCCUGCUGUGCCAUACUCAGCCUGGGACUUUAACGAUGGUAAAUGUAAAACUGGAAGUGGAGAAAUUGAAAAUUACCAUGAUGUGACUCAGGUCCGUGACUGUCGCCUCGUCAGUCUUCUUGAUCUUGCCCUGGAGAAGGACUAUGUGCGCUCGAAAGUUGCUGAAUACAUGAACGAACUUAUUGACAUUGGGGUGGCAGGCUUCAGAAUUGAUGCUUCCAAGCAUAUGUGGCCUGGGGACAUGAUGGCAUUUUUAGACAAACUGAAAAAUCUAACUACACCAUGGUUUUCCAAAGGCUCGAGACCUUUCAUUUACCAGGAGGUAAUUGACUUGGGUGGAGAGUCAAUUAAAAGCAGCGACUACUUCGGAAAUGGCCGAGUGACUGAAUUCAAAUAUGGUGCCAAACUGGGUACAGUGAUCCGCAAAUGGAAUGGAGAAAAGAUGGCCUAUUUAAAGAAUUGGGGAGAAGGCUGGGGUUUCAUGCCCUCUGACAGAGCCCUUGUCUUUGUGGAUAAUCACGACACCCAAAGGGGACAUGGUGCUGGGGGAGCUUCUGUUCUAACCUUCUGGGACUCCAGACUAUAUAAAAUGGCACUUGGCUUUAUGCUUGCUCAUCCUUAUGGAUUUACACGUGUUAUGUCAAGUUACCGUUGGCCGAGAUAUUUUGAGAAUGGAAAGGACAUUAAUGAUUGGGUGGGACCACCAAGCUCUGAGGAUGGAUCAACCAAACCUGUUACAAUUAAUCCAGACUCCACUUGUGGCAACGACUGGGUCUGUGAACAUAGAUGGCGUCAAAUAAAGAACAUGGUUAUUUUCCGUAAUGUUGCUGAUGGCCAGCCUUUCUCAAACUGGUGGGACAAUGACAGCAAUCAAGUGGCUUUUGGGCGUGGUAAUAGAGGAUUCAUUGUCUUUAAUAAUGAUGACUGGAGCUUGAAUGUGAAUUUGCAAACUGGCCUUCCUGCUGGAAUUUACUGUGAUGUUAUUUCUGGGCAAAAGGAAGGUGACCACUGUACAGGAAUACAGGUGCAGGUUGUAGGUGACGGCACUGCUAACUUCCAGAUUAGUAACCAGGCUGAAGAUCCUUUCAUUGCAAUUCAUGUUGAUGCUACAUUGUAAUCCAUGCAAGAAUGAAUGAUUCUCUGUAUAACAUCUCUAACAAGGAAUAAACUGUGCUGGCACAAAAGUCACUUUUUUUUAGACUCAUUAAUGAAAUACUAUAUAAGUGCUGUAAUAGUAUUACAGAAUAAGUAGCACGGAUACAAUUUUUUGAGAUGGUUUAACAGGCCUACACAUAUGGUUCAUUUUAAAGACAACUUCAUUUUAUUUCACAAGAAGACAGUAAAGGACAAAUUAAACCAUGAAUUGAGAUGAUUUUACUGUUGUAAUUCCAAAACUCAGGCAGGCAGACAAACACACACAGUAUAGGCGGAGCUUGUAACAGCAUCUAUUACAGCCGUCUGAAAAAAAUGAUUUUUUUGGUUUGCUCGCAAUGCAAACAUAUUGAAAAAGAUCUUGUUUCACAUCAAACCGGUGACCUUCUGUACCUCAAAGUGGCACUCUGAAACCCCCAUAUUCACUACUGUCAUAUAU